AAUCAACGUGUGUGACUGCGGAACAUCGCCGCCAGCGCAAAGCACACAGCACCUGGAAAUAUUUCCCUCCGGUUCCGUUGAAGACAAAAGCCACUACACAUACAACUAGACGCAUCAAUUUUCGGUUCCAAAAUAUCGAACACUCACACUCACCAUGGCGGAUUAAGCGAGGCUUCACCGCUUCCUCUUGCUCGUUCAACUUGGGUUUCUCUAUUUGAUUUCCAUGGCGUCAAUUUCGGGUAUUUGCUCAUCUUCCCCGUCUCUCAAAAUCCAAAAGCAGUCCCCGAGGCUGAUCAACAUUCUCUGCAAAGAAUUGGUCGCAUUUCCUGCUCGUCCAAAACUUACUUCCAGUGAUCGGAGCUUGAGCCUCGUCACCACUCAGUCCGUGGCCCGGGAGGCCCCGGCUGAAUUAUCGAAGGUCAACGAUGGGGCCUUCGCGAAGGAGAAGGCAGGCCUGGAGAAAGAUCCCCGUUCUCUCUGGCGGAGGUAUGUUGACUGGCUGUACCAGCACAAGGAGCUGGGGCUUUACCUUGAUGUUAGUCGUGUUGGGUUCACGGACGAGUUCGUGAAGCAGAUGGAGCCCCGUUUCCAAGCGGCUCUGCGAGCGAUGGAGGAACUGGAAAAGGGGUCAAUUGCGAAUCCCGAUGAAGGCCGUAUGGUCGGCCAUUAUUGGUUGAGGGAUCCUAAACGCGCGCCAAACCCUUUCCUCAAGACGCAGAUUGAGAAUACUCUCGACGCCGUUUGCAGCUUCGCCAGUGACAUCGUCAGCGGUAAGAUCAAGCCUCCAUCGUCUCCGGACGGUCGCUUUACUCAAAUUCUCUCUGUUGGAAUUGGAGGUUCUGCUCUUGGACCACAGUUUGUAGCAGAGGCAUUGGCCCCAGAUAAUCCUCCUCUGAAGAUAAGAUUUAUUGACAACACGGAUCCUGCUGGAAUUGAUCAUCAGAUUGCACAACUUGGACCAGAAUUAGCUUCGACACUUGUUGUAGUGAUUUCAAAGAGUGGAGGUACCCCUGAAACUAGAAAUGGUUUACUAGAAGUACAGAAGGCAUUCCGUGAAGCAGGCUUGGAUUUUCCAAAACAGGGUGUUGCAAUAACACAAGAAAAUUCUUUGUUAGAUAAUACUGCAAGAAUUGAAGGGUGGUUGGCAAGAUUUCCAAUGUUUGACUGGGUGGGAGGUAGAACAUCAGAAAUGUCUGCAGUUGGCCUGCUUCCUGCUGCCCUUCAGGGGAUUGAUGUUAGAGAAAUGCUUGCUGGUGCGGCUUUGAUGGAUGAGGCUAAUAGAGGCACUGUGUUAAGGAAUAAUCCUGCGGCAUUGCUAGCAUUGUGUUGGUACUGGGCUACUGAUGGAGUGGGAUCCAAGGAUAUGGUUAUCCUUCCAUACAAGGAUAGCCUGCUAUUAUUUAGCAGAUACUUACAGCAGUUGGUCAUGGAAUCAUUAGGCAAGGAGUUUGACUUGGACGGUAAUCGGGUUAACCAAGGAAUUUCUGUCUAUGGAAAUAAAGGAAGCACAGAUCAGCAUGCCUACAUUCAGCAACUGAGGGAAGGCGUGCACAAUUUCUUUGUGACAUUCAUUGAGGUGCUACGUGAUAGACCUCCUGGUCAUGACUGGGAGCUUGAGCCUGGUGUGACAUGUGGUGACUACUUGUUCGGCAUGCUACAGGGUACAAGGUCAGCUCUAUAUGCUAAUGACCGAGAGUCCAUCACAGUCACUGUGCAGGAAGUAACACCCAGAUCAGUUGGUGCUCUCAUUGCACUCUAUGAACGAGCUGUUGGGAUAUAUGCCUCACUUGUCAACAUAAAUGCAUAUCAUCAACCUGGUGUGGAAGCUGGCAAAAAAGCAGCAGGUGAAGUAUUAGCUCUUCAGAAGCGGGUCUUGGCAGUGCUAAAUGAAGCAAGCUGCAAAGAUCCUGUGGAGCCAUUAACACUUGAAGAAGUAGCUGAACGUUGUCAUGCUCCAGAAGAUAUAGAAAUGAUUUACAAGAUUAUAGCUCAUAUGGCUGCCAACGACAGGGCGCUUAUUGCUGAAGGCAGCUGUGGUUCACCACGGAGCUUAAAGGUUUUUCUUGGGGAGUGUAAUAUUGAUGAAUUGUAUGUUUGAGCUAAGAUUAAUGAAAUUCACGUUCCACAUGUCCUAGAUGGGUUUGCGUUGCCAUCGAAAGAAAGGUAGCAGCCUGCAAUAAAUUGGUUGCUGUUGUUAGAUGAUCGCAUGGUAAUAAUGAAAAACGGAGAUUUUUGUUCGUGAAACUAGAAAUUAGUUGAGGUUUUUUUUGUGAA